AUGGGAGAUCGGAGUAUUCUAAUGGAUUUCUUACUCGCUAGUAUUGCUACUAGUGGUGCAUGUAUUGUGUCUAAUCCUAUGGAAGUUGUCAAGACACGUAUGCAAUUACAGGGUGAAUUAGCUCCGCAACUAUCUCCCCGCAUUUCUCAAUCGACCGUCUUGUAUCGUAAUUUUAUCCACGCUUUCUAUACCAUUGGACGUACUGAAGGAUUACGUGGAAUUCAACGAGGUCUUGGACCUGGUAUUGCCUAUCAAAUCUUUAUGAAUGGACCACGAUUAGGAUUAUAUCAACCAUUGCAGCAAUUUUAUGGUGCAACGGAUCCAACGGCCUUUUCGUUCCCAAUCCGUAAUCUUGCUGCAGCAGCAACGUCUGGUAUGAUUGGAGCAGCCAUUGGAAGUCCCUUUUACCUUGUCAAAGCACGUAUUCAAGCUGCUAGCUCAGUGGAAAAAGUCAAUGCUCAGUAUGCAUAUUAUGGCAUGAUGGAUGGAUUUCGACAAAUUAUCAAGGCUGAUGGAUUCAAAGGACUGUAUCGUGGUACAACGGCAUCAAUUCCACGUGUUGCGAUUGGUUCGGGUACACAAUUAGCGACAUAUACACAGGUAAAAACACUGGUGAUUGCAGCAGGAGUUGAAGAUGGGAUACAGGUUCACUUGGGCUCAAGUAUCUUGACGGGGUUGGUUGUAACGACGGCUAUGAAUCCAAUGGAUGUGGUCUCAACGCGAAUCUACAGCCAGAAAGUGGUGAACGGUAAGGGGAAGUUGUACUCGGGUGUGAUUGAUUGUGCUAUGAAGACCUUGAAGAGCGAGGGUAUUCAAGGCUUUUAUAAGGGCUGGGCGGCACACUACCUGCGUCUAGGUCCACAUACUGUCUUUACAUUCCUCUUCUGGGAGGAGGUCAAGAAAGUUGCUGCAGAGCUUGGAUUCUAA